UUGAACAAGAUAAGAUUUUAUGAUUGCAUAAAACUGAAUCAUCGUCAUCUGCUACCCUAUUAACUCUCUGCAACCCAACCCAAACCAGCAAACCAUGAGUCUAAUGAAAUCUCUCGGUGCAUCGGUGGUGGUGACCGUCCCCACCGCCGCCGUCACUACCACUCACCUCCACCACUCCUCACUCUCCUUCCCCUUGCCGUCAAUGCCACAACAUUUUCCCAAACUUAACACCGUCACUAACGGUGUCAGCUGGAGAACCACCACCUCCGUCAGGACAGCUGUCUCCGCCGUCGAUUCUAACGGCACCACUGAAAAGGAAACAGAGAGUAACAAGAAAUACCAUUUCGUUGUUGCAAAUGCAAAAUUCAUGUUGGAUGAAGAAGAACACUUUCAAGAACAAUUGUUUGAACGGGUCCGCCUUUUUAAAGAGCGAAACAUGGAGCAAGAUUUUUGGCUAGUGAUUGAACCCAAGUUUUUAGACAAGUUUCCAAACAUCACCAAGAGACUGAAGAGACCUGCUGUCGCUUUGGUUUCCACCAACGGUACAUGGAUCAAGUUUAUGAAAUUGCGGCUAGAUCGAGUUUUGUUAGAAAGCUUUGAAGCCGAGAGUAUUGAGGAAGCAUUGGCAUUUAACCCUGUAAAUCUAGAGUUUGAGAAACCUGAUAAAUGGGUUGCACCAUACCCCAAAUAUGAGUAUGGUUGGUGGGAGUCUUUCUUGCCGCCAACCGCUCAGAAGCAACAAGUAUGAGAGAUUAUAAGCAAUGUUUGUUUGUAAGUUUAAGUUUUUGUAUGAGUUGAGUUUAUCCAACAAGUUUUAGUUAGUUUAUUACGAGGAAGUUUGGAUAUCUAUGUCGAAACUAGUUAUGUUACGACUUAAAGUUGUAAUGGUUUGUUUAUAUAUCUGAAAAGAUAUUAUCAUCGCCUA